GAGCCAGGAGCGCGCCGCGGAGGGGCGCGGGAGCGCGUCUGGUUGCCCCCUGCCCUCGGCGGGGCGCGCGGGGGCGCGCAUGCGCGGCUCCGCGGCGGCGGCGGGAGCCGCGAUGGAGGGCGCUCUCCCUGCCCGCCAGGUAGUUAAUGAAGGGGAUUCAAGCCGUGCCACUGAGUUACAGGAAGAGGCAGAGGAAACUCCUAGUCCAGCUGCGGAGGAGAAUACUACCACAGUGUCAACUAAAAAGCAGGGGCCAAAUCUGCAUUCCUGGAGUGGUGACUGGAGCUUUUGGAUUUCAAGUUCCACUUAUAAAGACAGGAAUGAGGAAUACAAAAGACAAUUUACACAUCUACCUGAUACAGAGAAGCUAAUAGCAGACUAUGCUUGUGCUCUUCAGAGGGAUAUUUUGCUUCAAGGACGACUAUACCUUUCAGAAAACUGGCUAUGUUUCUAUAGCAACAUCUUCAGAUGGGAAACUACAAUUUCUAUUGCUUUAAAGAAUAUAACCUUUAUGACCAAGGAGAAAACUGCUCGACUCAUCCCAAAUGCUAUCCAGAUCAUUACGCAGGGUGAAAAGUUUUUCUUUACAUCUUUUGGUGCGAGAGAUAGAAGUUACCUCAGUAUCUUUAGGUUGUGGCAGAAUGUAUUAUUAGAUAAGAGCCUGACCAGACAGGAAUUCUGGCAACUGCUCCAGCAGAACUAUGGCACUGAGCUAGGCUUAAACGCUGAAGAGAUGGAAAGCUUGUCACUGUCAAUUGAGGACAAUGUGCAGCCAAGAAAUCCAGGAAGAAGCAGCUUGGAUGACUCUGGGGAAAGAGAAGAAAAAUUAUCCAAAUCCAUCAGUUUUACUCGUGAAUCAGUUAAUCGGGUUUCAGAAACAGAGUCACUGGAUGGAAGUUCAUCAAAAAAAGCCAUAGGGAAAGAGGAGUCCCCAAGUGAGAAACGGUUCAAAAAGAGUCCUCUGCUGACUUCAGAGAAAAGGUCAAGUAGAGUUCCAUCAACAUCACUGGACUUGAAUAAAAAUGAGUAUCUUUCUCUGGACAAAAGCAGCACUUCCGAUUCUGUUGAUGAAGAAAAUAUUCCUGAGAAAGAUCUUCAUGGAAGACUUUAUAUCAACCGUGUUUUUCAUAUCAGUGCUGAGAGAAUGUUUGAAUUGCUCUUCACCAGUUCACGCUUUAUGCAGAGAUUUACCAAUUCCAGAAAUAUAAUAGAUGUAGUAUCUACUCCUUGGACAGUAGAGCCUGGAGGUGACCAACUGAGAACCAUGACCUAUACUAUUGUCCUUAAUAAUCCUCUUACUGGAAAAUGCACUGCUGCCACUGAAAAGCAGACAUUGUAUAAAGAAAGUCGAGAAGCACAAUUUUAUAUGGUAGAUGCAGAAGUCCUGACACAUGAUGUUCCCUACCACGAUUAUUUCUAUACCCUGAACAGAUACUGUAUCAUUCGCGCUUCAAAACAGAGAUGCAGGCUAAGAGUUUCCACAGAUUUGAAAUACAGAAAGCAACCAUGGGGCCUUGUCAAAUCUCUAAUUGAGAAGAAUUCCUGGAGUUCAUUAGAGCACUAUUUCAAACAGCUUGAAUCAGAUUUGUUAAUGGAAGAAUCUAUGUUGAAUCAGUCCAUUGAAGACCCAGGAAAACUUAGUGGCCUUCGAAGGAGAAGGAGGACAUUCAACCGGACAGCUGAAGCACUUCCUAAACUUUCUUCCCAACGUUCCGCUGGAGAUGUGGGCUUCGACGCCAAAGGGGAUCUCACAGGAAGGAAAAAGGAAGUGGAAAACUACAGCACUGCCCUGAUUGUGGUGAUGAGCGUUUUUUUGCUGUUGCUAGUUUUGUUGAAUGUGACACUGUUUCUGAAGCUGUCAAAGAUAGAACAUGCUGCUCAGUCCUUUUACCGGCUCCACCUCCAAGAAGAAAAAUCUUUAAAUUUAGCCUCUGAUGUAGUGUCAAGAGCAGAAAAUACUCCAAAGAACAAAGAUCAAGCCCAUCGUUUAAAAGGAGUGCUCAAAGACUCCAUAUUGAUGCUUGAACAGUUGAAGAGCUCACUUGUUAUGCUUCAGAAAACUUUUGAGCUACUAAAAAAGAACAAGACUGGCAUGGCUGUUGAAAGCUAGUGAGCUUAAGGACUGAAACUGAGAGAUACUUGCAACUAAAUGAAAACAUCUGGAAGACAACCAGAGGAUGAAGGAUCUCAACUGUCACGGGAACAUUUCCAUGUUUUCUCAUUCUUGAGAUUUCUAAUAUGAAUAUUCUUUUCAUAACACUUAUUUGAGAAUUAGACCAUUAACUUCUUAUACAUAUUUCUAAGCUGUGAAUUUCUCCAGUGAAUGGAUACACAUUUCUGGAACUGAAUUUCUGUGAUACACAAAGAAAGUGGGGCACUCUGAAUUGAGAGUACGGCCUCAUUUCUACAGUGAGAUUUGAAGUUUGAUGUUUUCAAUGUAUCUGUCAGCCCAGGAAUGGCUAUGUGUCCAACAGGUUGCUUUCAUGGUUGUACAUAAGUUCAGAGGCUAAAGAAGAUAAUACAAUUACUAACUUUAAAGGAUCCAUUUCCAGGUACAUAUCAUAAUAUUUCUAGGUUUGUGAACUAUAAAUAUUACAGUGUCUUCCUUUAUUUAACAUGCAAACUCAACAGCCCAACCUUUUUGAAUGUGCAUGUUGGUGAUGGUUAUCUGAAAGGUUCUUUAGCCAUGUUGUUAUCUUUAUGAAAGAUAAACUUAUUUUUUCUUAAGGUAGCUAUGGGGUGAGGUUAUCUUGCCUCCUUAUACACAAAAAUGGGAGAAGAGUCAAUUUAGGAAGAGGAAACACGCAAGAUACCAACGUUCAAAGUAGAGAACCGUCGUCUGAGUUUCAAAAACCCGAAGAUUAGGUUAAAAUCUGAGUGACAGAUCACAUGCAGACUUGAAUUCAGCUUGGCUUCAGCUCACAACCUUUCACGGUAGAAGUGACUCAUUGGGCUGGAACUAAUAUGUGUAUGACUUUUCAGUAACUACGUAAGGUUCCAUUCUUUACAAACUCGUGUGUGUGGCUUGUUUUAAUUGGUAAAUUAUAAGCCAGACACAAAUUUUAGCUCUUUAAUAAAAGCUUGGGACAUGUA